AUGAACAUAAAAUUAAAAAAGAGUAGGCAAACAAAAGUACAAUUUUACUAUGAAUAAGCACAAGAAAGAAGAAAGAAAUGGGCUAUAAAAAAUAUUACAACAUAUCAAUUAUUUCGAACUCCAUAAAAAAGUUAAAGAAUUAUUAAAUAAAAUAAACUUGAUAUUAGUUCUACAAAAUUAGGUGAUUCUAGCUGUUGUUGUUCUGAAUGUGGAAAAGAAUCAAAUUUUAAAUAAAGAAUAUUUAAAAAUUAUACCUUUACAUAGACAUAAUACUCGAAAUAAGAGCUAUAAAGAUAGUAAUAAUUAUAGGAUCGUUACAGAAAUUCUAAAUAUAUCAAAACCUUUAAGAAACUAGUUUAUUGUUUGCUUUUCAUAAUCAGAUAUAAGAUAGUUUAAAAUAUUAGGUAUAGAUAAAGAUAGAGAAUGAAAAAAGCCUUUAAAACAAGAAUAGAUAAUCCAAGGAUGACUUUUCUUAAUGUAUUAGACUUUGCAUCAAAGCAAUUUCAUGUAAGUCCAAAAUUUAAAUCUGCAACGAACUUUGAUUCUGUCUUUAUUUAAAAUGGUACAGCAGUAAACUCUCCUUAAGAUUCAGAUGAGGAAUUUUAUCAUCUUAAACCAAGAAAGUCAUUGGUGCGUAAAUUUUCAUAAGAUGAAUAAUAUAUGCAUAAGAAAUUAUCUAAAUCUCAAUAAAAACUAUACUUAAUAACUGGAUUGAAUUCAGUUUUAAAUUAAUAUGUUACAAAGAAAUUAAACUAAACUUAAUAAAAAUCAAUUGAUUAGCAAUAAUAAAAAAUAGUACUUCCAUUACUUUCUAAGCAUACUGUUGCAAAAUAAAAUUAAUCAACCUAUUUACCUAAUAUUAGAUUAAAAUAAAUAUAAUGA